AUGAUCCGCGACACUUCAAGAGACGAUUAUCCUCUAUCAGAUUUCAUGUCGACCCUUCACGAUGAGGCCGAGCAGCCUCUAAUAGGCGAUCUAAACCAUGACAUCUCGCAAAUCGAACCCCCGAAGACUGCUAAUGGAAAGCGUGAUUAUCGAGCUAUAGCUCGAUUUGUUGGGUGUUGUGUCUCUGCUACAUCACUAGGCUGGCACGAUGGCUGCAUAGGCGCCCUCAUUCCGUACUUACAGCUCUACUAUGGCGACGUUACAGACGAAAAAGUCUCCCUUGUCUUCAUCGGGUCAUUUACGGGAUACUCUCUCGCAUCUCUCCUUAACGUCGCCAUGAGCAGCCGACUCGCACUCGGUCGUCUCAUUAUCCUCGGAGCUGUGAUUCAAGCAGUCGCAUCAAUGAUCAUCACGCUCAGGCCACCUUUCAUCACCAUCGCCGUGUGCUAUGUGAUGGCGGGCUUCGGUCUUGCCCUCCAGGAUACCCAGCUCAAUACCUAUGUUGCGCGCCUCCCUGGCGCCGCCACGAAGCUGGGAAUAGUGCAUGCGGCUUAUGGAGUUGGCGCAUUGCUGUCGCCUACAAUAGCUACAGUGCUCAUGCAAGCGAAAGUCGCUCCUCCGCUCUUCUACCUUACCAAUCUCGCCUGGUGCGUUGCGAGUGUAGCUGCGCUCUUAACGGGUUUUGGAAUCAGCGGUCGCGCUUCUCUCAAAGCUCCAUCUCAGGCUACUUCUUCCAGGGAGAGAAAUGAGGAGAUUGCGUCUCUGAAGACUGUUGUUUCAUCGCGUGCCGUGUGGGCGGCAAUGCUUUUCAAUAGCUUCUACUGUGGGACUGAAAGCGGUGAAGCUGGGUGGAUUGUUACUUUUCUAAUGAGGGAACGGGGCGGAGGAGCUGCGUCUGGCUACGCUUCUGCUGCGUUCUAUUGUGGUCUUACAUCCAGUCGCGUGAUGCUUCUUCCACUCACAGCUUACAUUACCGAGAAGAGAGCGGUGGCUUUAUACGCGAUUAUUGCUCUGGCCAUGCAAGUCCUUAUCUGGACCUCGCCAUUGUUCAUUGUCGAUUUCAUCGCCAUAGCCACAUGUGGAUUUGUCAUGGGUCCUAUUUACCCCAUCACUGUAUCCCUUGUUACACAAGCUACGCCCCACGGAUAUCAUCCCGGAGCCUUGAGUCUCGUAGCUUGCCUCGGACAGUCUGGUGGUGCCUUGUUUCCAUUUGUAGUAGGGUCACUUGCCGAUAAGUAUGGUAUCAAGGUGUUACAGCCCGUACUUGUAACGCUCUUCGCCCUCAUGACCUUGCUCUGGCAACUGAUGCCAUCCCCAAAAGCGGGAUUGCGCCUCGCGCCCAAAACUGCGGCAAAUGAAGAAGAUGUCGAUUCCAACGACCAUGAGAGCUAG